UUCCCGGCUCGCUCCGCCCGCCAUGUUGCGGCGGCGGCGGGAACGGGAGCGGCGGGAUCGCGGGGCGCUCGGAGCAUGCGGGGCGCAGGCAGCGGGCAGGGCGCGGAGCGGCGUUCCGCGGGCGCGGCUCCCGCGCAGUGGGUGCUCAUUGCCCCAGAGGCUGCAAUUGACCCCCCAAAGACACCUGACAGCGAACCCUUGUUUACGAAACUGCGCAACCCAAGCACAGGGGAAGCAACCCUUUACUUAUUCAAUAGUGGUGCACAGCAGCUGUUUGAAGUAAAAGCUUUCCAUGAGGAACGUCGUUCCUGGUUUAUAGGUCAGACUGUUCAACAGGAUGGGCGCCUGCUGUUUGUUACACCAAUGGACCCCUUAUUUCUGAUACUUUACUACCUCAUAAAGGCAGACAAAGAGCAGCAAGGAAAGUUCCAGCCACUUGAUCAAGUUGUGCUAGACUCAGAAUACCCUAGCUGCCCAUUGCUGCUGAAGUGUGCAGAUGUUAAACAGUACAUACAGCACGUAACAGAAGAAAAAGAGAUUGGUGGUCAGAAAUUCCACAAAUACAGCCAAGAGAAGACACUGAAGUGGUUAAAGAAAAAGGUUAAUCAAACAGUGAAAGCACUUAAAAGCAACAAUAUAUCAGUAGGUGAAAGGGUGCUUGCAAGUACAUUUAUCAACAGUAAACAGAUCACAGAUGCUCAGGAAGACUAUGUACGGUAUGCCCAUGGGUUAAUAUCAGAGUAUAUUCCUGAAGAUCUGAGUAAGGAGUUGUUAAAACACUUGGGGCUCCCAGAACUUAGAAGCCCAGCACCAGAGCCACCAGUGAAGCUGCUUAAGUGGCACCAUGUCAAAUCCUCUGGCAAUCCUUCACAUUCUGUCACCAGAAAAUGUGUUAUAUUUGAGAAAAUAAAGGCAAGUUAGCAGGCAUUACCUUGUUUUGGUUUUAGGCUGAGACCUACUGGGGGAGUUUGGGUUGUUUAGCCUGGAGAAGAGAAGGCUCCAGGGAGACCUUAGAGUACCUUCCAGUACCUUAAGGGGGCUACAGGAGAGCUGGAGAGAAAACUUUUUACAAGGGCAUGUAGUGACAGGACAAGAGGCAAUGACCUUAAGCUGAGAGAGAAUGUAGGUUUAAAUUAGAUUUAAAGGUAGUGAUACAGUGGAACAGGUUGCCCAGAGAUGUGUGAGCUUCCAUCCCUGGCAGUGUUCAAGGCCAGGUUGGAUGGGGCUCUGAGCCACCUGGUCUAGUGGAAGGUAUUCCUGCCCAGGGCAGGAGGGUUGGAAUUAGAUGAUCUUUAAUGUCCCUUCAAAGCCAAACCACUCUGUGAUUCUGUGUUUCAUUUACUCUUUAAUUAUUCUUCCUUCUUUCACUUUUUUCCCCACUCUCUUCUCCUGAGUCCUACUAUUGCCUUUUCUUCCUUCUUAUAUUAGAGAUGGGUCUGUGGCUAUUCUGCACUAAUAUGGUCCCUGCCUGAUAGAACAUAUGCCAGGUUCUGGCUCUCAUCUUGUGGCUUCUGAUGCGGUCUUCCAACUGGAUCAGCAUAUUGAGUUUUACUUCUGUCUUGAAUAGAGUGAUUUCUAUUCUUUCUUCUGCCCCUGUGCUUAACCUCUUUAUUUUUAUUGAAAAUGAUGUUCUGAGGCAAAAGACUUCUUCCAUUUUGGGUCCACACAUAGGUUAACUUCAAUAUCUAUCCAAUCCCUACAGUACAGCAGCUUCACUUUCUCUUUUUUAAUUCCCUUUUUGCCUCUGUGGCUAAACAACCUUGUACUGUUUGUUUUAAUUUCCUUUCCAAGGUCUAACUCAGCUUGACUUUUUGGCAGUUCUCACUUAGUCCCAGGAUUACCUGACCCCUAAACUGAUUUUUUUUUUGAUAUUUCCUUUCCCCCAGUCUUUUUUCCACCCAUUCAUUAGAGACUUCUGCUUACACCUAGUGUCAGUUGGAUUUUUUGGGGGAUGGAUAGGGGGUGGUGGAAUGUGUGUGCAUCUGUGUGAGCAAGGAGCCACAUUUAUAGUGUUUAGUCUGAAAAGCUUUUUCCUCCAAGAUUUUCACCUUGUUUGAAGUAGAAGAUCCAAAAUCACUUCUUCAGUCUUUUUCUUUUACCUUCCAAAUGUCUUCCUCACACAUGAAGUCCCUUUGCUUUGCCUCAGACAAGUGAGGCAUAGGGUUUGCAAAGUUUGCCCCCCUAGAACCAAUAACCCCACUUUGGAUAAUCCUUUCCAUUUAAUUUGAACUGGGCAGCCUCUGUCUGCUGAAAUGAGAUUGCAUACCACGCUGGCCUUUCCUGCAGUGUCCCUGCUACUUAGUGAAACAAAGUCUAAAAAAACCCUCAUUUCUGGCUCGUUCAGUGACUGUUCUGUUUAGCAGCAUGUCAGCUAGCACAUAGAGGAAUAAUUGAGCCCUACUGUUAUUAAUAGCAUUUGUUUUCCAAUGGAUAUCCAGAGAUAUGUUAUUUCCAUGUGGCUGGACAGUUGUUCUGGCUGCACAGUUACUUGGCCCUUUGAUUCAGUUAAGAAUUAUCUUUAUGUGUUGUAAGAAAUAUUAAGCCCACAUCAGGAGCCAACUGAUAGUCAUUAGCUAUAUAAGCAUGUUAAAACAACUGUAUUAAACUGCAUGUGAUGUACAUUCCAUAUUGUGUACGAAUAGCUUUUAUACCGCUGGGAUAGUUCUGAGAAUCUAUUUUUAAAAGCAGUUUUAUUUCAGCAGUUUGGUUGCAGAGGAAAUGAGGCUUAAAACUGUUCAGUUGUUGGGUAGUGAGACCUUGCUGAGGAUCUGAUUAAUUUCCAGAGCACUGACCAGGGUGUGUAUGAUGUUUCUGUGUUUAAGUCCUUGCAACUUCAGAGAUUAAAACACUCCUUUUUUUCACAAUCUCAGAGGAGCAAUGUAGGUUUAUACAUGGAAACUUUGUCUCCUUUAGACCGUUUUUAAUCACUUGUGUUGACAUUUCUCUUCAUGAGGGCAAGGUGUAUCAUCAGACAUUAUAUAUGAUUAUUCCAAAAUAAGGUUCUAACAUGCAUUUCCUGUUUUUGAAAAAUAAUUGCACGUUUGGACAUUACGUUAAACUCUGAAAGAUGUAGAAACUUCAGUGAUCAGCCGAAAAGCAGCGACACAUUCUCUUUCUUGAGCAAGAACAAACUGGGUGCAGCCUGGUCUUUGUGAUUUAAUGAUUAAAUCAAAAUUGCAUGUUCUUUGUAUUAAUUGUAAGCCGUUGAUCUUGUGUUGUAAUCAUCGCACUGUCCAGUUUGUCAGCACGGGGAGUCUGGCUAUUGGCAGAUGAUGAGAGACAUUUACAAAGAAUAUGUAGGCUUUGCUACAACUAAACAGCAAAUGUUUUGCUGAAAUGCAAACAUUUUUGUUAUAAGUUUUAAAAACUUGUUUAUCAGAUUCCAAAAAGAGGAGAAAAGUAAUUCUUCAUUAGAUUGUCAUUUGAAAAUGUAAUCACAGCACAGUAAACAGCCUUCUAAAUAGGCUGAUCCAGAUUCCAUUGAAAUCAAAAGAAAAGGCUUCAGUUGGAUCUGGUUCUAAGAGCUGAGAAAUCUAGGCUGCAGACCUGGCUUCUGUGCCAAACAGAAGAGGGAGGGGGAGAGAGAGAGAGAGAUAUCAGAAGCACCAUAAGCAAAAUGAAUAAAACAGGAUCUUAAAAUGUAUGGUACCAUCCAAGUUGCUUGCAAAAUCACUCUCUUUGGCACAAAA